CGCCCAGUGACGUAAGCUGAGAAUUUGUGCUCUAGGCCACCGCGCGGGGGCGCUCAGUGGACCACGGGCGGCGUGGAAAGCCUCAGAGCCGGAAACCGCCGAGUUUGGAACCUGGAUUUACCUCCCAAAAGAGUACUUUGUUAGAAGAAAGAUGAAUCGUUUCUCAAAGGCAGCAAUUACUGGUGCUCGAAAAUCAGUUCAUCCAAGCUGGGUAAAAGGCCACAGAGUAAUUUUGCCAAGUAUUGAAAAGAAAAAGGAAGCACCACUAAGCCAGAAAGAUAGUGCAGCUCUAACGAUACAAAGAGCUUGGCUAUCUCAUAUGGACAAAAGAAUAUUUUAUCUCCUAAAGCACACAGUUUUUGCAGCGGGAUAUCGUGUGGCACAUGAAAUACUAAAGAAUGUGAGCCCCGUAGAGGCCGAGCUUGUUAAAGAUCCUAGCGUGGAGUGUAAAAUUAGAUUCAGAAAAUUGCCACUUGUUAUUGUGUUUAAAAUUUUCAUUCCCACUGGAGGCCAGGGUUACAAGUAUUUCAGUGGAAAAAAUAUAUUCAACUAGUCAAGCAAGGCAUCCACUGAUGCUUGCAAAGUAAUGGGGAAGAAGAAGUUUCAUGAACAACUUAUGGAAGAUGAUGUCUUUCCCCAGGAAUUCAAAAUAACUGAUGAAACAGACAUCGUCACCUUCCUACUGGAUAAGAUCCCUGCAUCUUCUGGUGGAAGAAAUAACAGUUGGAGAAGAGUACGCCUCAGUGACAUUCCCAGGACAAGGAUGAUGUAGGACAUAGUUAAGUAUGCAGAAUUUGGAAUAAUCUCAAACUGUCUAUGAAAAGAAAUGAAGUAUCUGUUACAGAGACCACAAACAGAACACAUGCUCCAGGACCAGCUAUGUGUCGUUUCUGAAGUUAGGUAAAAGUGAUCCCUCAAGCCCUGGCUGGCGAGCCAAACUUUGCAUCGGCCCUACCAAUAGCAAAGUCAGAUUAAACAUCUGGGUUGCCGAUCCAAGCAAGCUAAAAUGAAAGUUGAAAAAAUGAAAAAAGCUUAUGGAAUGGCAAAAGAAAGAAACACUUCUGUGGGGACUGUAAGUUUAACCUGUACUGAAUUCAUCGUUUAG